AUUCAAUUUAGAACGACACAUUCGCUUGGUUCAUACAGAAAAGGAAAUUGCAUCAUCCUCUUCGGCUUCAAAAGGAAACAGCACUUCAGUCAGUGAUGUCCAACAUUCGAAUACAACUGAAUCCAAUGAAGAAUGUUCAUCACAUCAAGAUGGUAAUACAACUGUUGUUCCAACUGUUAAUGAAACAAAUCCACGUGGAUAUUAUCUUUAUCUAUCGGAUUCCGAGUGUUAUCAGUCAGUUAACACAACUGCACAAUCAACAAGUGUAACAAAACCAACCAUAAUUCAGUUGAAUCCGGAAAAUGUCGAUUCACAAUCUGUUGCUUUCGUCGCAGAUGUCAGUCUAACACCAUGUCAUCCAUCCAAUCCUGAGGCUCAAAUCGGUGUUGGUGGUAAAACUUGGAAACGGAAUAUAAGUAUUGUACAGUCUUCAAAACAAACUGUUAAUGAAGAUAUAGAUUCAUGA